AUGAGGAGGGAGAACCAGAGCUGCAUAUCCGAGUUCCUCCUCCUGGGGCUCCCCAUCCCGCCAGGGCAGCAGGGCGCGUUCUUCGCCCUGUUCCUGGGCAUGUAUCUGACCACGGUGCUGGGCAACCUGCUCAUCCUCCUGCUCAUCAGGCUGGACUCCCGCCUGCACACGCCCAUGUACUUCUUCCUCAGCCACUUGGCCCUCACUGACAUCUCUUUUUCAUCAGUCACAGCUCCAAAGAUGCUCAUGAAUAUGCAGACUCAGGAUCAAUCCAUCUCAUACACCGGAUGCAUUUCCCAGGUGUAUUUCUUUUUAUUUUGGGGUGAUCUCGACAGCCUCCUUCUUACCUCAAUGGCGUAUGACAGGUAUGUGGCCAUCUGUCAUCCCCUCCACUAUACCACCAUCAUGAGUCACAGCCUGUGUGUUCUGCUAGUUAUUGUAUCCUGGGUCCAAUCCUGUACUACUGCCCUUUUGCAUACCCUUCUCCUGAGGAGGACCAUGGGGCCUGAGAACCAGAGCGGCGUGUCCGAGUUCCUCCUCCUGGGGCUCCCCGUCCCGCCAGGGCAGCAGGGCGCAUUCUUCGCCCUGUUCCUGGGCAUGUACCUGACCACGGUGCUGGGCAACCUGCUCAUCCUCCUGCUCAUCAGGCUGGACUCCCGCCUGCACACACCCAUGUACUUCUUCCUCAGCCACCUGGCCUUCACUGAUGUCUCCUUUUCAUCUGUCACUGUCCCUAAGAUGCUCAUGGACAUGCAGACUAAGUACAAAUCCAUCCCCUAUGCAGAGUGCAUAGCACAGAUGUAUUUUUUCAUAUUUUUUACUGACCUGGACAGCUUCCUUAUUACAUCAAUGGCAUAUGACAGAUAUGUUGCCAUCUGUCACCCUCUGCACUACACCACCAUCAUGAGGGAAGAGCUGUGUGCCUUACUAGUGACUGCGUCCUGGAUCCUGUCCUGUGCCAGCUCACUUUCCCACACCCUCCUCCUGACCCAGCUGUCCUUCUGUGCUGCUAAUACCAUUCCCCACUUCUUCUGUGACCUUGGUGCCCUUCUCAAGCUGUCCUGCUCAGACGUCUUUCUCAAUGAGUUGGUCAUGUUCACAGUAGGGGUGGUGGUCAUAACCCUGCCAUUUAUAUGUAUCCUGGUAUCUUAUGGCUACAUUGGGGCCACCAUCCUGAGGGUUCCGUCAACCAAGGGGAUCUUUAAAGCACUGUCCACUUGUGGGUCCCACCUCUCUGUAGUGUCUCUAUAUUAUGGGGCAAUAUUUGGGCAGUACCUUUUCCCAACAUUUAGCAAUUUCAUUGACAAGGACAUCAUUGUAGCUCUCAUGUACACAGUAGUCACACCAAUGCUGAACCCCUUUAUCUAUAGCCUUAGGAAUAGGGAUAUGAAAGAGGCUUUUGGGAAACUUUUCAGUAAAGUAACAUUUUUCUCAUAG